AUGUCCGACUCGGAGGGCAUGGAAUAUCUGCAGCCGGGGUUUGAUCCCAAGAGCUUGACCAUUCCGCGCCUGAGGUCCAUCCUUGUCGCACACAAUAUACCGUACUCAUCAAGCGCAAAGAAGGGACAGUUGAUCGACAUCUUCAACGACCAGGUUGUGCCGCAGUCCAAGAAGAUUCUCGCAGCUCGCGCCCGCGCAAAACGCUCCAGCAAAGGCAUCACCGACGCCGAUUCGCAAAGCAGCAGCAACCCUUUCGACGAGACCGAGCCCGAGCCUGAAUCCCUUCCAUCGCCCGUCGCCAGCACCCGGAGAUCAAGAUCGCCUAAAAAGGCAUCGGCUAGGAUCAAGUCGGAAGAGCCUGACUACACCCAGCCAAUGCCUCCGCCUGCCCCAAGCACGUCGAAGCGCAAGUCACGCGCCUCGAGCCGUCAUCUUGCUUCAGAUACGGAGACGGGCUCGGAGAUCGACGGCGGUGCAUCGCUGAGGAUAACACGCAAAGCCAAGGGUGCCCCUCAGUUUAAGACCGAGGAAUCCGAUGGUUUCUUCAGGCGGACGUCAGACGUCUUCACUAGGGACAACCCUUUCCAGAGUGGUAGCUCGCCAUCGGCUGCCGAACCGACUCCGACCAACCGUCGAAGAACAACCGGCCCGGCAAAAGCGCGAAGCUCGAGCAGGGGCGUACGAAGACAAACAGAGAGUCCUGCCUUUCCCGAUGACGAUGUUGAUGAUGCACCAAUCGUGUCCAGCACAUUCGAGGCACCCACCGCUCAUGUAGCUCGCCAUCGGACUCCGGAACCACCCACGGUCGAAGCUGGAGAAGAGUUCACGCCUGAAGAGCAACUCGAACUUAAUGCCGAGCAGGCGGUCAACGGUGAGACUGCUAUCGUGCCAGCCAGACAGACCGGCAACACCAGCAAAAUCAGCUGGGGAACUCCUGUAUCUGUUCUCCUGGUCACCCUUUUGGGCAUCUACGCUGGAUGGUAUCGACAGGAGAAGAUUGCUGUGGGGUAUUGUGGCAUGGGACAGUCCGGCAGUUCGAUUCCUAGCGACUUCGACGUCCCCGAAUGGGCUCACUCGAUUCUUCCAGCGCAAAUCAAUACUCCUCAACCAAUCAUUGAUACGCUGGAGCCGGAGUGCGAGCCGUGUCCUUCACAUGCAUACUGCUACUCGGACUACUCAGUUCGUUGCGAGCAAGACUACAUCCUCAAACCUCAUCCUCUAUCUCUGGGUGGCAUUAUUCCCCUGCCUCCAACGUGUGAGCCUGACGGUGAAAAGGUCAAACGGGUCCAAGUCGUUGCGGACAGGGCCAUCGAAGAGCUUCGAGAGCGUACUGCAAAGUACGAAUGCCGCGACCCUGUUGAUGAACAGGGUUCCAAGCUUGAAUCUCCGGCAAUCGAGGAACAAGAGCUCAAGCAGAUGAUUAAUAAGAAGAGAAGUAAGAAGCUGAGCAACCAGGAGUUUGAGGAUCUCUGGGGAUCAGCCAUUGGCGAGAUCAAAGGCAGAGAAGAAGUGGAAGUUGAGGUCAAGGAAGCGUCCGAUUCCUCGGGUGUUCGAGACACCCUCCUCAUAUCCACCUCUCUCGCUCGCGUUCCGAUCACCUGCGCAAUCAAAAGAUCGAUCUGGCUCGGACUGGCACGAUAUCGCUUCCAAAUUAGUCUUUUGAUCGCGCUGAUCGGGACUGCCGCAUACGCCCGAUCCGCCUUCCUCUCUGAUCGAGCCGCAGCGGCCCAGGUUCCGGCCUUGGUCGAUCUUGUUCUCGAGAGACUCUCGAACCAGAAGCAGGUCGAUGAAGAGUUCGAUGAUCCUUUCUUGUUUCUCCCGAACCUUCGUGACGAUGUCUUGAGAUCCGUUCAUUCCCUGUCACAACGCGACAAGAUUUGGACGAGGGUCAAGGCCGUCGUCGAGCAGAACAGCAAUGUCCGAACCGGUCAACGCGAAGGUCACAGCGGCGAAGUCGGCAAGGCCUGGGAAUGGAUCGGUCCCACAGCUGGGGGUAGUAACAAACGACGCAAGAGCGGACGUGUUUCAUGGGGCGCUGGUGUCAAGGGCGACGACUCGCCCGUGGAUGAGGACAAGUCAUAUCUGCACCAGAAGUGGGAAGACCCGACGCCUGUCUACUGA